ACUCCGGCAGCCGCAGCCGUCGGGUCGCCGCGGCUUUCGCUUUGCCGCCGAGGCUGGGCUGGGGGAGGAGUGGGCUCUGCGGCCGGCUCUGCCGGUGUCCUGCUAGGGCAGCGCCGAGAGGCGCUCUGCGUGCAGCCUUCCCGGCCCAGGGCUCCCCUGCCGAGGCGCCCGCGCCCCCGGGCUCCCCGCCUCGGGCCCCCACGGCUCCGAUGCCGAGGCAUGGAUAAAACGGUGCUGCGUGCGGCUGCGAUGGGGGAGAAGAAGGAGGGCGGCGGCGGGGGCGCCGCGGCGGCCGCUGACGGGAGCCCCGGGGCCGCGGCCAGCCGGGCGCUGCAGCAGUGCGGGCAGCUUCAGAAGCUCAUCGACAUCUCCAUCGGCAGCUUGCGCGGGCUGCGCACCAAGUGCGCAGUGUCCAACGACCUCACUCAGCAGGAGAUCCGGACCCUGGAGGCGAGGCUGGUGCGGUAUAUCUGUAAGCAGCGGCAGUGCAAGCUUAGUGUGGCCCCCAGCGACAGGACCCCGGAGCUCAACAGCUACCCACGUUUCCGCGACUGGCUGGACACCUUCAACGUCAGACCUGCAGUGGCACAGGAGAUCCUCCGAGAGCUCACGGGAGAUCAGCUGGAUGCCCUGCUGGAGAUGGACGAGGCCAAGGUGAAGGAGACGCUGCAGCGCUGUGGGGCCAGCACUGAAGAGUGUGGCCGUCUGCAGCAAGCCCUCACCUGCCUGCGGAAAGUGACAGGCCUGGGAGGGGAGCACAAAGAGGACUCUGGCUGGAGCUCUUCCGAGGCUCGUCGGGAAAGUAGCUCAGGGCCAUCCGUGGACACUCUGUCACCAGCCACCCUGCCCUGGCCUCCAGGGAGCUCCCUGCUGGGCCGAGUGGGCAGCGGUGCCCAGGGCCUGCGUUCUGUCUCUGUGUCAGCUCUGCCCGCCUCUGACUCCCCGGCUCCCGGCCUCAGUGAGGGCCUCUCCGACACCUGCAUCCCGCUGCAUGCUAGCGGCCGGCUGACCCCCCGCGCCCUGCACAGUUUCAUCACGCCUCCCGCCACGCCUCAGCUGCGCCGUCAUGCCAAGCUGAAGCCGCCAAGGACGCCCCCGCCGCCCAGCCGCAAGGUCUUCCAGCUGCUGCCGAGCUUCCCCACGCUCACCCGCAGCAAGUCGCACGAGUCGCAGCUGGGAAACCGCAUCGAUGAGGUCUCCUCGAUGAAGUUUGAUCUCUCCCAUGGAUCCCCACAGAUGGUACGAAGGGACAUUGGGCUCUCGGUGACACACAGGUUCUCCACCAAGUCCUGGCUGUCGCAGGUCUGCCACGUGUGUCAGAAGAGCAUGAUGUUUGGAGUGAAGUGCAAGCAUUGCAGGUUGAAAUGUCACAACAAAUGCACCAAGGAAGCCCCUGCCUGUAGAAUCUCCUUCCUGCCACUUACCAGGCUGCGGAGAACAGAAUCUGUCCCCUCGGACAUCAACAACCCAGUGGAUAGAGCCGCUGAACCCCAUUUCGGAACCCUCCCCAAGGCACUGACAAAGAAGGAGCACCCUCCAGCUGUGAACCACCUGGACUCCAGCAGCAACCCCUCCUCUACCACGUCUUCCACGCCCUCUUCGCCAGCGCCCUUCCCAACGUCGUCCAACCCGUCCAGUGCCACCACACCCCCUAACCCCUCACCCGGCCAGCGGGACAGCAGGUUCAACUUCCCAGCUGCCUACUUCAUUCAUCAUAGACAGCAGUUUAUCUUCCCAGACAUUUCGGCCUUCCCACAGGCAGCACCGCACCCUGAGGCCGCCGAGAAUACCCGGCCAGAUGAGCAGCAAAAAGCCGAAGUGAUGGAGGCUCAGCAGGCGGAGGCUGAGGAGCCAGAGGCUGGCAAGUCAGAGGCAGAAGAUGACGAGGAUGAGGUGGACGACCUGCCGAGCUCCCGCUGGCCCUGGCGGGGCCCCAUCUCCCGCAAGGCCAGCCAGACUAGUGUGUACCUGCAGGAGUGGGACAUCCCCUUCGAGCAGGUGGAGCUGGGUGAGCUCAUCGGGCAGGGCCGCUGGGGCCGAGUGCACCGUGGCCGCUGGCACGGCGAGGUGGCCAUUCGCCUGCUGGAGAUGGAUGGCCACAACCAGGACCACUUGAAGCUGUUCAAGAAGGAGGUGAUGAACUACCGGCAGACACGGCACGAGAACGUGGUUCUCUUCAUGGGCGCCUGCAUGAACCCUCCCCACCUGGCCAUCAUCACUAGCUUCUGCAAGGGGCGGACGUUGCACUCGUUUGUGAGGGACCCUAAGACAUCGCUGGACAUCAACAAGACGAGGCAGAUUGCGCAGGAGAUCAUCAAGGGUAUGGGAUACCUGCAUGCCAAGGGCAUCGUGCACAAAGAUCUCAAAUCCAAGAACGUCUUUUACGACAAUGGCAAAGUGGUCAUCACAGACUUUGGGCUGUUUGGGAUCUCGGGUGUGGUCCGAGAGGAACGGCGUGAGAACCAGCUGAAGCUGUCACAUGACUGGCUGUGCUACCUGGCCCCUGAGAUUGUGCGCGAGAUGACCCCUGGGAAAGACGAGGACCAGCUGCCCUUCUCCAAAGCUGCUGACGUCUAUGCGUUUGGGACUGUUUGGUAUGAACUACAAGCAAGAGACUGGCCCUUUAAGCACCAGCCUGCAGAGGCCUUGAUCUGGCAGAUCGGAAGUGGGGAAGGAAUGAGGCGGGUUCUGGCCUCCGUCAGCCUGGGGAAGGAAGUCAGUGAGAUCCUGUCUGCCUGCUGGGCUUUUGACCUGCAGGAGAGACCCAGCUUCAGCCUGCUGAUGGACAUGCUGGAGAAGCUACCCAAGCUCAACCGGCGGCUCUCACACCCCGGGCACUUCUGGAAGUCAGCUGAUCGCUGGCGGAGCCGCUACUAUGGGAAAGGACGUUAUGGUCACCCCGACUUUAAGAACUCCUGUCCAGUUCUGGAGGAAUACAUUAACAGCAGCAAAGUUGUACCCCGCUUUGAGAGGUUCGGUCUUGGUGCCCUGGAAUCCAGUAAUCCAAAGAUGUAGCCGGCUGCACAGUGUUUUGCUGCCUGUUUCUUUUUUCAAUGUGUUUUUGAAACACACAAAUAACCAUCACAACAGCAACAAAAAUGAAAAACCACUCCACCUGUCCAAUGCUGCAAACCACAGGAGGGUGGGUCCUCCGUUCCGACAGUUCGUCACAAAGACACAUGGGUCCCCGGAGAUGGAACCACACCUGCUGUCUUAGUAAGAUCCCAGCAACAGCCAGACUGGUCCCAACCAACAGCAAAUGUUUACAUGUAUGUUUCUGCCAAGCGAAUUUGAUGUUUUACAAUAGGUAAUAAUACAGUCCAUGCAUGAAGGCGCUGGCACCUGGGGGUGGCAGAAGUGGCUGUCCCCUCUGAAGGAUUUGGUAGCCCUGGGAACCCAGUGCUUGAUGAGAAGGAAGAAAAACAUCACGGUUACUGCUGGUUUAGGAUUGAAAGAGGAAGGGGUCCAAGGUUUGAUUUGGCCCCUAACCUCCCAGUGGUGGUGCAGUGUCCCUUCCCUGUCUUGCAGAGAAAACCCUGGCUAAGCACUGAGACAGAUUACAGGGGAUAGGAGCUUCUUGGAAGGCUUGGCUUCACCUUCAACCCCUCUAACCCAGACUGUGCCCACUGGAAAAGUAGACAGAAUCCAAAUAAUACCUAAACGGAUGCAGUGGUUCCUCACACGGUUUCCAUUGCCAGGUGAGGAGAUGUCCUUGAGCUAGUGCUUGUGUGAAGCCCUGAGGUAGACCUUUGUGUUUAAGCACAACCCAGAACUCCAUAUCUGACCCUAAGGGCACUGUAGGGCUUAAUGAAUGAGAACAGGGAAGAUGGUGAAGAGAAAGAGAGAAAAAAUGGACAGCAAGUACUUGAGUUCCUGUCCUAUCCACAGGGUGACCCUGGCACUUUAGAAACCCAUUGUCAGUCAUGGUAGAAGGUUCUAGAAUUGCCCACCUCUUUCACUUCCCCAGCCCUUGUGAAACCCUUUUGUACCUUCCUGAUUCCUUAGUCUGGGCUCCACGCUCAGCCGGGAGGAUGAUAUUGUCCCACCCUGUCAUUCCCACCUCAAGAGCCUUUCUGCAGAGUCCUUCCCAGUGGCACCAGGCCUUCUGCUUGUGUUGAACCAGUAAAAGGAACUGGAUCCAGAGUCUUUGAUGUGAGUGCAUGCAACCUGGCCUCACCAGAAACCGUCACCCAGAGAGGAAGGUUCCCAGUGGCAAAGAAGCCCGCCACUGGAGGUGAGGCUGCAGGAGUCUCCGCGACCAGCAAGGAAAAGCGCAAUGCAAGUGGACGUGUGACUGGAUCCAGGCCCUGUGCUCAGAGCUCAGAUCAGGGUGGCCAUGUGGCUGCCACCCCUUACAGUUAGACCCACCUGGCAAAGCCCCAGUCUUCAGAGCCACCAGAGUGUCAUCCACAAGUCAUGGAAAUUGAGCCAGUCUGAUGAGAAGCUAUGAGCUGCCUCUACUCUCCAUGCCCAGCAGCCAUGCUCCCUGCUGCCCUCUUGGUGAGCACAGCCAACCCUUGGAUCAGGAAUUUCAAAAUUUUUAUAGUCGCCGUGGGGCUGAAACCACUUGGUGCGACUCUGUGUGGGUGACUUCUGUGCUAUAGCAGGACUGUCAUUUUACCCCCAUGAUCCCUUUGGUCUCCCAUGUCAUCUCCCCAAGGUGACCUCCCUACCCUAGACCACUGUGGGAUGUGGCCACUGCCUCUGUAGCUGUUACAUCCUUGCAAAGGUUGCAGUGCAUGUGACCAGCCUUUCCCCUCCUUGCUGUGACAUUGGCUUUCCCUGCCAGACAGAGGCAGCCGAGCAAAUCGGGCUCACUGCCCUUCUGACUCCAUGCCACUGUGGGCCUCACAGCCUGUGGGAAGUACGGCUAGGUCUGGCUGUGUCUCUUGAGAGUGUCACAGUUCAGGAAGUCCCCACUGAGCUCCUGCUGGGCACACAGUUCUGUGCAAGUGCUGGGCCCCAGAUAAAGGAACAGUGGAAACCUCUGCCUUGGGAAAUGAUAAUGUGCUGAGGCUAAAUACAGCCAGGAAUCAGGUGCCAUUUGUCCCUGAGGGUGGAGCUGAGCGCGUGGUUCCCCCCGCCCCUCCCCCCAGGCCUGGCUCUCACCUGGCCACUUCUACACUGCCUGUCAUUUAAGAAGAUUGUUCCCCUUCCCUUGUCUUUAUUUAAGUGACUGUGAAUCAAGGUUCGGAAGAUGUGUUUGCCCUUCUGUGUGCUCUGUCUGUCUGCCUUGGAAACACAUGAAGGAUGACAGAUACUGUGAAUUCAUCCCUCACAACUCACUGUGAAGGAGGAGGCCCGGGGGCUCCAGAGGGCCCACCCAGGCUCUGAGAGUAUGGUCUCCGUUUGGAUCUUGCAGGUACCCCAAGUUCUCAGCCUCACCCCAAGGCCUUUAAACACCAGGGCUACAGCUCCUAGGCUUCUGUGUGACUCAAAGGCUUGAAUCCUGCUAGUCCUGGGUUCAUUAUGAGCAGUGUAUUAGCAAAAUUGACCUCUCCAUGUCACUAAAUCAAAACACCCUCUGCCAUCUGGCAUUUCUUCCUGUGGUCUCAGCAGGACAUGGCAGGCCCUGCGAGCCUGUGUUGUGCUGUAGCAACGUGGCGGUGACACUGAGGGAGGCUCCUGCCAUGCUGCAGCGCUGGCUGGGAUAUCACCUGUGUGUGCACACCUAGCAUCUUCUGUGGCCACAAGGCACACAAUUUGCUUUUUUGAAUGUGAUGUAAAAUUUGUACAGUAAAAGUUUUUAUAUUUUUUAUCAAUUGUGUUUGUCUUCCUGAAAUGGUAUUAAUUUAAAUUAAAAUGGUUAGUAUUAACGAA